AUGCAGACAGUUUGUGUUUCUCUACAUCAAAUUGAUUUUGCUGCAUUGCACAGUGCAUCUAGUACAUGGCACGAUGAGUUCGCACCUUUGCCAAAGCCUUUGCCGGUUGUUAACAUUGGAGGGCCUACAUGUCGCUGUCGUUAUGGAACGGAGCUUGCUCAGCAGUUAUCUGCCUUUUUGACCAACGUGCUUGUGAACAGUGGGAGUGUCAGGAUAUCUUUCUCAAAUAGGACACCUAAGAAGGUUUCAAACAUCAUAAUCAAAGAACUUGCAAACAAUCCAAAAGUUUACAUCUGGGAUGGUGAAGAGCCAAAUCCAUAUACGGGGCAAUUAGCUUGGGCAGAUGCAUUUGUUGUCACAGCAGAUUCAGUCAGUAUGAUAAGCGAGGCUUGCAGCACUGGGAAACCUGUUUACGUGAUGGGAUCUGAGCGUUGCACAUGGAAGUUGGCUGACUUCCAUAAAUCUUUGAGAGAGAGAGGAGUUGUUCGACCAUUUACGGGGUCUGAGGAUAUUUCAGAAAGCUGGAGCUACCCGCCUCUAAACGACACCGCUGAAGUUGCUCGUCGAGUACAUGACAUGCUUGCAGAAAGAGGAUUGAGAGUGCGGCCAUAAAUCUUGUUUAUAGUCAACUAAUUCUUGAAACAUAUUUCCGUUUGGAAAGGGAAGUCAGGAAAUUAGGUUUGUUUGAUAGCACGUAUAGGAAUCCAGCUGCAAAGCAUUGAUAGAUGUUAAAGUUAAUUCAUUUUUCCCUAUGGGGGUUUUGAGAUAUGAUACAUGUAAAAAAUAAAGGUGAACUCAACUAUUGCGGCUUGUAAUAUAGGUAGAGUGCAAAUCGUCCCUUUCCUCUUUUGUGCAGCACAAUUGAUUUCAAUUUGGCACUCGUUUCAUGUUGUGAGAAUAAAUUCUCAGCUGUAUUGAGCAAAUUUUUGUUUUUCUGUGACAUGUAUCUUGAAUAGUGAUUGGUUUGCGAGGGGAAAAGCAAGAAUGAAAUUGCAUCAGGAUGUGA